AACUCUCUCUCUCUCUCCCUCUCUUCUCUGCUGCUUCACGGCCAAAAGUAGGUGAAAAGCAAAGCCUUCCUCUCCACACUUGCACAUUCCCACGACAACCACUAUUUUGCUGUACCUAAUCCCGAGCUCGAGCUAAUAGAAAAAAUGGCGGAUUCGUCAGUAUAAUACUCGCGCCACUCAGUACACGCGCGCGCGCGCCCACUCAGUUGGGAUAAAAAAACGAAGAGGGAUAAGCAAGAGCGGGGUUGGUUCAGGUUGGUGUUCCUGUUCUUUCAGUCCAAUCGGAGCGAGAGCGAGAGCGGACCGAGGGAUUCGCAUGGAGACAGGGAUUGCGGAACUGGCUCGCCAUUCUUUUUAGGGGUUGGGGUGGGGGUUGGAGGGGUGGGUUUUUGGGGGUCGAGUGAUCGGUACUUUACUGUCUGUUGGAUCGAAACCCUAGGCUGUUGGGAUUGCUUCGACACGGUUCGGAUCUUACGCUCGCCGAUCUACUGGCUGACGAUCGUUGCUGACUGGGGCAGGCGGUGGAUGGCGAAGCCGAUUCAGGCGGAGUGAGAUGUUCGGGGAUGUGAGCUAUGGUUGGACUUCGAUUGGGCGCGAGUUCAGUGCCGUAGCUGCGGAAGCGCACCUCUCUCGUGGAAAUGUCAGCUUCGUUAGCGGCCUUUGACCGCCCAAGACCUGGUAUUUCUAACACGGUGUUCAAGAGUGGCCCUCUUUUUAUAUCUUCCAAAGGAAUAGGCUGGAAGUCUUGGAAAAAGCGCUGGUUUAUCCUCACACGCACUUCUUUGGUUUUCUUCAAAAAUGAUCCUAGUGCCCUCCCACAGAGAGGCGGAGAGGUGAACCUGACUUUGGGUGGGAUUGACCUGAACAACUCUGGGAGCGUUGUUGUUAGAGAAGAUAAAAAGCUGUUGACUGUCCUGUUUCCUGAUGGACGCGAUGGCCGAGCAUUCACUCUUAAGGCGGAGACGUUGGAGGAUUUGUAUGAGUGGAAAACAGCCUUGGAACAUGCUCUUGCCCAAGCGCCAAGUGCUGCCCUUGUCAUGGGACACAACGGAAUCUUCCGGAAUGACACGGGUGAUACAAUUGAGGGCUCUUUUCAUCAAUGGAGGGAGAAGCAUCCUGUAAAAUCUAUGGUCGUUGGGAGACCAAUUUUGCUUGCUCUGGAAGAUAUUGAUGGAGGUCCUUCCUUUCUUGAGAAAGCUCUUCGGUUUCUGGAGAAGUUUGGAACAAAAGUAGAAGGUAUUCUAAGGCAAUCUGCAGAUGUCGAGGAGGUGGACCACAGGGUCCAAGAAUACGAACAAGGCAAAAAUGAAUUUGCUCCUGAUGAAGAUGCUCAUGUUGUUGGUGACUGUGUGAAGCAUGUUCUGAGGGAGCUACCUUCCUCUCCAGUUCCAGCAUCUUGCUGCACUGCGUUGCUAGAGGCUUAUAAAAUUGAUAGGAGGGAAGCUCGUGCUCAUGCAAUGCGGUCUGCGAUACAGGAUACAUUCCCUGAACCAAAUAGACGUUUACUGCAGAGAAUCCUGAAGAUGAUGCAUACUAUUGCCUCAAAUUCUCAUGAGAACCGGAUGACUGCAUCUGCUGUUGCUGCUUGCAUGGCUCCUUUAUUAUUACGUCCUUUAUUAGCUGGUGAAUGUGAAUUGGACGAUGAUUUUGACACUAAUGGCGAUGCUUCUGCUCAGCUUCUAGCUGCUGCAAAUGCUGCCAAUAACGCGCAAGCCAUCAUCACAAGUCUUCUAGAGGAGUACGAUAAUAUUUUUGAUGAAGAGAAUCUUCAAAGAUGCUCCAUAUCUGCUGAUUCUCGGAUUGAUAACAGUGGGAGUGACGAUUCAUCUGAUGAAGAUAAUGUGGAUGUAAAAGUCAAUGGUUACCAUGAUGCAGAGAAUGAAGUUGAUCCAGAAACAGAAGAUGAUCCAGAACGCACGCUUAGUGGAAAACUUAGUGAAAGCAGUGGAUGCAAUGGAGGCGAUCUGUAUGACUAUAAGGCUUUUGGCACGGAUGAUUCAGAUGUUGGGUCACCUAGGGAUAAUUCUGCUUCAAUUGGCAGUUCGAACUUACAUGCUGAUUCUCGACCUAGGGAUUCCAAUAUUCAGUUAGUUGAGCAACAAGGACAACUGAAGAAAGAAAUUGACAGCUCUGCUAGUGAAGUUGAAUCUUCAACUGUCGCACAUUCUGGUGAGCAGUUCCAAUCUGUGGGUGAAAUUUUGUCUUCAAUCAGGCCAGGCCAGAGCCACACUCUUCCAGUUUCAGGGCUUGAGGGAGGUUCUGGAAGGUCAAUGGGAAAAAUGUCAAGCUCCAAUCUCAACACAAAAAGAUCAACAUUGUGGGGAAGAAACGCUGCCAGAAAAGCACCAUCAAUGGAAUCAGUGGAUUCUUCUGGAGAAGAAGAGCUUGCUAUACAGAGACUUGAGAUAACGAAAAAUGACUUGCGACAAAGGAUAGCUAAGGAGGCCAGAGGGAAUGCAAUAUUGCAAGCUAGCUUGGAGAGGAGGAAGCAGGCUCUGCAUGAGAGGCGCUUGGCACUCGAACAAGAUGUGGCUAGAUUGCAAGAACAGCUGCAAGCAGAAAGGGACCUGAGAGCUGCACUUGAAGCUGGUUUGAGCAUGUCGUCUGGGCAAUUUUCCAGUUCCCGUGGCAUGGAUUCCAAGACAAGGGCCGAGCUCGAGGAGAUUGCUCUUGCAGAAGCAGAUGUUGCUAGAUUGAAGCAGAAAGUUGCAGAAUUGCACCAUCAGCUGAAUCAGCAGCGCCAGCAUCACUAUGGAUCCCUUUCUGAUGCAUGUGACCGCUAUCAACAAGUGCAGAAUUCUCAACAGAUAUUUCUACCACAAGAUUUUGAUACUACCCUCGCCUUUUAUAAUCACGAAAGAAAACAGAGAAGCGAGAUUAAUCAACAGGAGAGUUUGCUCGGGGAUUGGAGAAAUAUCAAAGGUCAAGUAUUGGCAUCUGCAAGCAGUAGCAGGUUGCCUUCAGGGAAGCAAUUUAUGGAUUCGUCGCCUCUUAGCGAUUCAAAAAGUACAGAGGCAUCGACAAGUAUAUCCGUGGAUGAGCUCGGGGCUGUUGAUUCAGCAUCUCUGCCCUCUACUUCAAGAAUAGCGGAGGGAACGGAAUUUCCAAGGCAUCCGUCCGUGGCAUCUUCUGCUUUAGUGGAAUUAACGACACGUCUCGACUUCUUCAAGGAGCGGCGAUCUCAGCUAAUGGAGCAGCUCCACAGCCUUGAUUUAAAUUAUGGCACGGCUUCUUCGCAAGACUUUGUCUACAGACCGUCAUCUCCGCCAUGGAGUUGAUCGAGGAAGGACACUCUUAUCAAAGUAAGCCAUGACAGAAGAUUCCCGUGUCUUGUACAGUUGUUGGCGCUCUUGCAAAUAGUCUCCCCUCCUCUGGUCCGCCAUUUCUGUUAAUAACUAUUAUUUGAUGUUCAAAAAGGAUGUUCACCUAGUGGAAAAUGAGAUUGGGUUCUGGAUAGCGUUCAGUUUUGUCCCUUUUUGUAUUGUUUGAUUCUUGUUAUUUGUAAUCUAUGCCGACAUUGUCCAUGGUUGGAGCUACUGUCGAGCAGACCUUGCCGUAGAGUGAAGCUUGUGUUUUUGUAGACGUAUCUGACAUAAUGUAUCAGUGUCCAAAUUU